AUGCUGAGAAUAUGGAAAGAUCACUUCUGCAAUCUCUACAAUGGCGAUGACGAAGCCAACCCCGCGCAAAGACAGAUUGCACCAUUCAAUAUCGACGAUGAAGGCCAACAUUUCCGUCCCCCCGACCUGGAAGAAGUUAAGGCAGUCAUAUCCAAGCUUAAGUCAAACAAAGCCGCUGGAGCUGACGGCCUUGCUGCCGAACUAUUUAAAGCAGCAGGAGAUGACCUGGUUAGGAGUAUGCACCAGCUCAUCUGCCGAAUAUGGUCGGAGGAAAGCAUGCCCACAGAAUGGAAUCUCAGCAUCGUGUGCCCGAUCCUUAAGAAAGGAGACCCUCUAACCUUCGCCAACUACAGAGGAAUCAGCCUCCUUAACAUCUCAUAUAAGAUCCUCUCUGCCGUACUAUGUGAACGUCUGCAGCCGUUCGUCAACAACCUGAUAGGUCCUUAUCGGUGUUGCUUUAGACCAGGAAAGUCCACCAUCUAUCAAAUAUUCACAUUACGGCAGAUCUUGGAAAAAAACCAGGAACAACAAAUCGAUACCCAACUCAUAAUCGGAAGAACUCAGCGUGAUGUCAAUGGCGCUUUUGUAAGCAUUGAAACGGAAGCGGAAAAAUUGGGUUUAAGGGUCAAUGAGGGCAAAACCAAGUAUAUGCUGUCGUCAAAAAAGGACACUCAACACCGACGCAUUGGACAUAACGUCACCAUCGACAGCCAUAACUUCGAGGUUGUGAAGAACUUCAUCUACCUAGGCUAG